CAGCCCUGUAACAGACCAGCUUUAUUAUCGAGAUCUGGAGGCUGGAGCUACACUUGAGUGCUGCAUUCAGUAACGGGCUAUUUCGCAUUGGGGUGCCCCUGUACAAUGCGACGACGGGGGCUUUAGCCUACAAAUCGCUGCCCACCAGUGCCGUGAGCCUGAAGCAAGCACAAGUGAAGUAAAAGACCUAUUACCAGCCAAAUAAGUGGCAGCGAUUUUGUUUCCUACUUUAAGAGACAAAGAAAUUACACAAAGAUGGCUAAAAAAGAGGAUGACCUAGACGUGUUGCUCCCAAACUGGUCGGGAGCUGCUGCACAUGGGUUCACUAUAAGUGGUAGUGAUGAUGGGAUCUUCAUCAAGGACGUGGUGGAGAAUUCCCCAGUAGGAAAGAGUGGAGUGAUGAAGGAAGGUGACCAAAUUGUAAGUGCAACUAUUUACUUUGAUGAUAUGGGAUAUGAAGAAGCACAGAAAAUACUACAAACAGUGGAUCGACACACAGUGGGACUGAAGUUACAUCGGAAAGGAGAAAAGCUUUCUCCCGGGGGAAGUUACUCCUGGGAACCAGAACGAUUCGGGGCCACAAGUCCAGAUGCUGUAUUGAGUGGAGAUGAUGAAGAUUAUCAGAGAAUUUUUAAAAAGAAAAUCAAGCCUCGCCUAAAAUCAGAAGAUGGCACAGAGGCAUCAGAUCAAGGUGACAAAUCUUCCAGUGUACAUAUCACCAGAAAGGUCAUUACACGCACAGUUCAUGUGACAAGUCCCACAGUUAUGACAGAUGUAGACAUCCACAGUCCAGAAUUUAAAAUUAAAGUUCCACGGCAUGAGCAAGUCACCACUGAGGGAUCAGAAUCAAAACUGGAAUCAUCAGAGAUGGAUGUAGAUGUUAAUCUCGUGGGUACUGAAGGUUUAAAAUUUCAAAUGGGAGAUAGUCAACGGACAACACAUACUAUGCACAUUGUGAAAACAAAAGUUGUAGAGGUAACUGGACCAGAUACAGAACAUAACCAGACUACUAUCCACAUGCCACAGAUCAACUUAGCAGGUGGAACAAUGCAAACAUCCAACCUUGAUGUCAAAAUUGCAAAGACAGAUAUGGAUAUAUCUGCGCCAAAUGUUGAUGGCAAUCGUAUGGCACCUACAAUCAGUCUCCCAAAGUCAAGUAUUGACGUCUCUGCCCCAAACGUUACAACAGAUACGCAAGUGCCUGCCAUCGAUACAACGAUGGCAAAACAAAAUGUUCAUAUUGGAGAUUCAGAUGGAAAAAUCAGCAUGCAUUCAGUCAAGAUGCCAGAAUGCACUAUUUCUGGGUCAUAUGUGAGAAGUCCAAAUGUUGAUAUUAACACAAGUGCAGUCAACUCAGACAUUGCUGUUCCAAAGGUUGAUUUCAAUCUUAACCGAUCCGGAAAUCAGGAUCAUUUAACAGAUCCAAAGGUUGAUGUUCAGACACGAAAGAUACAUGUUGAAAAUUCAGGUCUUAAAUUGCAAGAUGGGAAACAGAAUGUCAAAAUGAAGGAACCAAAAUUUAAUAUAUCAGCAUCCAAUGGUAAAGAGGUUGCAACUGAUGGGGGAAAUGUAAGGUGGACAACACCAAAAGAACCUGAAAUGGACAUCCAAACCAAAUUCCCAGAAUGCGAUAUUAAACCAACUGGACCCAAGAUCAAAAGCGACAUUAAAAUGCCUGAUAUAGAUCUAGCUUCCAGUAAAAUCAAAGAACCAACUUUUAAAAUUUCAGGGGUCAGUAUUUCAAGAUCCAAACACUCUGAUGCUGAACUAAAAAUCAAAAAUACGAAGGUGACAGAAGAUUUUGACACCCCAAAAAUCAGUUUUGAGAGUGACAUUAAAGUUCCAAAUGUGAAUAUUAAAGGCCCAAAAGUUGAUAUUGAGGCAACUGAAGGAAAAGAAAGUGGGCCAAAGUUUGCUGUGCCACCCAUAGAUUUGCCCAAGCUAAAGACUCCAGACAUUGACUUGGGUCUCAAGGGCCCAAAAGUGAAAGAAGACCAUGAUAUUGAUGUGCCUUCUAUAAGUGUAGAGGGAAAGAUCAAAAGUCCUCAGCUGGAUGUUGCAGUGGAUAUGCCAGAGGCUGAAAUUGAAGGGGGCAGUGCAAAGUUAAACUUGCCAAAAUUCAGAAUACCCAAAUUCAAAACGAGCGGCCCAAAAGUGGAAGGCCCGGACAUGGACAUUCAUGCCAAUCUUCCUGAGGGAGAUGUUAAACUAACUGAGCCUAAAAUAGAUGUUGAAAUGCCAAAAAUAGAUGUAGAUGUUGAAGGAGCCAGUAAAAUCAAGGGCCCAAAAUUUAGUAUGCCAACAUGCAAUGUCUCAGCACCCAAGGGAAUGUCUGAUUUUAAUCUGGAACUCAAAGAUCCAGAAGUGGGAGGAGCUGUUGGUGUACCUGAUGUGAAACUGGAAGGUGACAUUAAGGGCCCAAAUCUUGACAUCAGAGGCCCAAAAGUUAAUAUUAAGGCACCAGAUGUAAAAGGAAGUAGGCCCACAUUUCCAAAGCCGUCCAUACAUUUCCCUAAGAUGGAGGUACCAGACAUUGAUUUGGGUCUCAAAGGCUCAACACUGAAAGGGGACCAUGCUAUUGAUGUGACUACGACAAAGGUGGAGGGAGAGAUCAAAGCUCCUCAGGUGGAUGUAGAUGUGGAGAUGCCAGAUACAGACAUUGAAGUAGGCACUGGAACAUUCAAUUUGCCUAAAUUCAGAUUACCCAAAUUCCACAGGGGUGGGGCUCAAGUGGAAGGUCCAGAUGUGGACAUUGACACCAGUCUUCCUGAGGCAGAUAUUAAACUGUCGGGACCUAAGAUCAAAGGUGGUGUUGAAAUGCCUGAUGUUGAUGUUGCAGGAGCUGGUAAAAUCAAGGGCCCAAAAGCCAAAAUGCCAGAAUUCAAUAUCUCUACUCCCAAGAAAGGAAUGCCUGAUGUUAAUAUGGACCUCAAAGGUUCAAGAAUGGGAGGAAAUAUUGAUGCCACUGAUGUUAAUCUGAAAGGUGACAUUAAAGGCCCAAAACUUGAUGUAGAGGCACCUGGUGUAAAAGUAAGUGAACCCAAGAUUUCAAUGCCUUCAAUUCAUCUGCCUAAGAUUCAGGCACCAGACCUUGAUGUCAAAUUGAGGGGUCCAAAACUGAAAGGAGAUUAUGAUAUUGAUGUGACUUCUGGAAAGGUGGAGGGAGAAAUCAAAGGACCUCAAGUUGAUGUUGAUGUGCCAGGCAUUGACAUUGAAGGAAGCAGUGGAAAGUUCAGCAUGCCAAAAUUUAAAUUGCCCAAAUUCAACAUGGGUGGGUCUAAGGUGGAAGGGCCAGAUGUGGACAUUGAUGCCAGUCUUCCUGGGGCUGACAUUAAACUAUCUGGACCGAAGGUAGAAGGAGAUGUUGAAAUGCCUGAUGUAGAUGUUGAAGGCGGUGGUAAAAUUAAAGGCCCAAGGUUCAAAAUGCCAGGAUUUAAUAUCUCAGCACCCAAGAUAGGAAUGCCCGAUUUUAAUCUGGACCUCAAAGGUUCUAGAGUAGGAGGAGAUGUUGAUGUCCCGGAUGUCAAUCUGAAAGGUGACAUUAAGGGGCCAAGUGUUGAUAUUAAAGGGCCCAAAGUUGACAUUGAGGGUGCUGAUAUAAAGGGAAGCAAGCCCAAGUUUACAAUGCCUUCUAUUCACUUGCCUAAGAUACAGGCUCCCGACAUUGAUUUGAAUUUCAGUGGCCCAAAAGGGAAAGGAGGCUAUGAUAUUGACGUGCCUUCUGGAAAGUUGGAGGGAGAAAUCACUGCACCUAAAGUAGAUGUUGAUGUGGAUGUGCCAGGGGUUGAUGUUGAAGGAGGCAGUGGAAAGUUCAGCAUGCCGAAAUUUAAAUUGCCCAAAUUCAAUAUGGGUGGGUCGAAGGUGGAAGGGCCAGAUGUGGACAUUGAUGCCAAUCUUCCUGGGGCUGACAUUAAACUAUCUGGACCGAAAAUAGAAGGAGAUGUGGAAAUGCCUGAUGUAGAUGUUGAUGUCGAAGGAGGUGGUAAAAUUGAAGGCCCAAGAUUCAAAAUGCCAGGUUUUAAUAUCUCAGCACCCAAGAUAGGAAUGCCAGAUUUUAAUCUGGACCUCAAAGGUUCCAGACUAGGAGGAGAUGUUGACGUCCCUGAUGUCAAUCUGAAAGGUGACAUUAAGGGGCCAAGUGUCGAUAUUAAAGGCCCCAAAGUUGACAUUGAGGGUCCUGAUAUAAAGGGAAGCAAGUCCAAGUUUUCGAUGCCUUCUAUUCACUUGCCCAAGAUUCAGGCUCCCGACAUUGAUUUGAGUUUCAGUGGCCCAAAAGGGAAAGGAGGCUAUGAUAUUGAUGUGCCUUCUGGAAAGGUGGAGGGAGAAAUCACUGCACCUAAAGUAGAUGUUGAUGUGGAUGUGCCAGGGGUUGACGUUGAAGGAGGCAGUGGAAAGUUCAGCAUGCCGAAAUUUAAAUUGCCCAAAUUCAACAUGGGUGGGUCGAAGGUAGAAGGGCCAGAUGUGGACAUUGAUGCCAGUCUUCCUGGGGCUGACAUUAAACUAUCUGGACCGAAAAUAGAAGGAGAUGUUGAAAUGUCUGAUGUAGAUGUGGAUGUUGAAGGAGGUGGUAAAAUUAAAGGCCCAAGAUUCAAAAUGCCAGGUUUUAAUAUCUCAGCACCCAAGAUAGGAAUGCCCGAUUUUAAUCUUGACCUCAAAGGCCCAGAAGUGGGAGGAGAUGUUGAUGUCCCUGAUGUCAAUCUCAAGGGUGACUUUAAGGGCCCCAAAGUUGACAUUGAGGGUCCUGAUAUAAAAGGAAGCAAGCCCAAGUUUUCGAUGCCUUCUAUUCACUUGCCCAAGAUACAGGCUCCCGACAUUGAUUUGAAUUUCAGAGGCCCAAAAGGAAAAGGAGGCUAUGAUAUUGACAUGCCUUCUGGAAAGGUGGAGGGAGAAAUCACUGCACCUAAAGUAGAUGUUGAUGUGGAUGUGCCAGGGGUUGACGUUGAAGGAGGCAGUGGAAAGUUCAGCAUGCCGAAAUUUAAAUUGCCCAAAUUCAACAUGGGUGGGUCGAAGGUGGAAGGGCCAGAUGUGGACAUUGAUGCCAAUCUUCCUGGGGCUGACAUUAAACUAUCUGGACCAAACGUAGAAGGAGAUGUUGAAAUGCCUGAUCUAGAUGUUGAUGUUGAAGGGGGUGGUAAAAUUAAAGGCCCAAGAUUCAAAAUGCCAGGUUUUAAUAUCUCAGCACCCAAGAUAGGAAUGCCCGAUUUUAAUCUGGACCUCAAAGGUUCUAGAGUAGGAGGAGAUGUUGAUGUCCCUGAUGUCAAUCUGGAAGGUGACAUUAAGGGCCCAGGUGUCGAUAUUAAAGGCCCCAAAGUUGACAUUGAGGGUCCUGAUAUAAGAGGAAGCAAGUCCAAGUUUUCGAUGCCUUCUAUUCACUUGCCCAAGAUACAGGCUCCCGACAUUGAUUUGAAUUUCAGUGGCCCAAAAGGGAAAGGAGGCUAUGACAUUGACAUGCCUUCUGGAAAGGUGGAGGGAGAAAUCACUGCACCUAAAGUAGAUGUUGAUGUGGAUGUGCCAGGGGUUGACGUUGAAGGAGGCAGUGGAAAGUUCAGCAUGCCGAAAUUUAAAUUGCCCAAAUUCAAAAUGGGUGGGUCGAAGAUGGAAGGGCCAGAUGUGGACAUUGAUGCCAAUCUUCCUGGGGCUGACAUUAAACUAUCUGGACCGAAAGUAGAAGGAGAUGUUGAAAUGCCUGAUGUAGAUGUUGAUGUUGAAGGAGGUGGUAAAAUUAAAGGCCCAAGAUUCAAAAUGCCAGGUUUUAAUAUCUCAGCACCCAAGAUAGGAAUGCCCGAUUUUAAUCUGGACCUGAAAGGUUCCAGAGUAGGAGGAGAUGUUGAUGUCCCUGAUGUCAAUCUGGAAGGUGACAUUAAGGGCCCAAGUGUCGAUAUUAAAGGCCCCAAAGUUGACAUUGAGGGUCCUGAUAUAAAAGGAAGCAAGUCCAAGUUUUCGAUGCCUUCUAUUCACUUGCCCAAGAUACAGGCUCCCGACAUUGAUUUGAAUUUCAGUGGCCCAAAAGGGAAAGGAGGCUAUGACAUUGACAUGCCUUCUGGAAAGGUGGAGGGAGAAAUCACUGCACCUAAAGUAGAUGUUGAUGUGGAUGUGCCAGGGGUUGACGUUGAAGGAGGCAGUGGAAAGUUCAGCAUGCCGAAAUUUAAAUUGCCCAAAUUCAAAAUGGGUGGGUCGAAGAUGGAAGGGCCAGAUGUGGACAUUGAUGCCAAUCUUCCUGGGGCUGACAUUAAACUAUCUGGACCGAAAGUAGAAGGAGAUGUUGAAAUGCCUGAUCUAGAUGUUGAUGUUGAAGGAGGGGGUAAAAUUAAAGGCCCAAGAUUCAAAAUGCCAGGUUUUAAUAUCUCAGCACCCAAGAUAGGAAUGCCCGAUUUUAAUCUGGACCUGAAAGGUUCUAGAGUAGGAGGAGAUGUUGAUGUCCCUGAUGUCAAUCUGGAAGGUGACAUUAAGGGCCCAAGUGUCGAUAUUAAAGGCCCCAAAGUUGACAUUGAGGGUCCUGAUAUAAAAGGAAGCAAGUCCAAGUUUUCGAUGCCUUCUAUUCACUUGCCCAAGAUACAGGCUCCCGACAUUGACUUGAAUUUCAGUGGCCCAAAAGGGAAAGGAGGCUUUGACAUUGACGUGCCUUCUGGAAAGGUGGAGGGAGAAAUUACUGCACCUAAAGUAGAUGUUGAUGUGGAUGUGCCAGGGGUUGACGUUGAAGGAGGCAGUGGAAAGUUCAGCAUGCCGAAAUUUAAAUUGCCCAAAUUCAAAAUGGGUGGGUCGAAGAUGGAAGGGCCAGAUGUGGACAUUGAUGCCAAUCUUCCUGGGGCUGACAUUAAACUAUCUGGACCGAAAGUAGAAGGAGAUGUUGAAAUGCCUGAUGUAGAUGUUGAUGUUGAAGGAGGGGGUAAAAUUAAAGGCCCAAGGUUCAAAAUGCCAGGUUUUAAUAUCUCAGCACCCAAGAUAGGAAUGCCCGAUUUUAAUUUGGACCUCAAAGGUUCUAGAGUAGGAGGAGAUGUUGAUGUUCCUGAUGUCAAUCUGGAAGGUGACAUUAAGGGGCCAAGUGUCGAUAUUAAAGGCCCCAAAGUUGACAUUGAGGGUCCUGAUAUAAAAGGAAGCAAGUCCAAGUUUUCGAUGCCUUCUAUUCACUUGCCCAAGAUACAGGCUCCCGACAUUGACUUGAAUUUCAGUGGCCCAAAAGGGAAAGGAGGCUUUGACAUUGACGUGCCUUCUGGAAAGGUGGAGGGAGAAAUUACUGCACCUAAAGUAGAUGUUGAUGUGGAUGUGCCAGGGGUUGACGUUGAAGGAGGCAGUGGAAAGUUCAGCAUGCCGAAAUUUAAAUUGCCCAAAUUCAAAAUGGGUGGGUCGAAGAUGGAAGGGCCAGAUGUGGACAUUGAUGCCAAUCUUCCUGGGGCUGACAUUAAACUAUCUGGACCGAAAGUAGAAGGAGAUGUUGAAAUGCCUGAUGUAGAUGUUGAUGUUGAAGGAGGGGGUAAAAUUAAAGGCCCAAGGUUCAAAAUGCCAGGUUUUAAUAUCUCAGCACCCAAGAUAGGAAUGCCCGAUUUUAAUUUGGACCUCAAAGGUUCUAGAGUAGGAGGAGAUGUUGAUGUUCCUGAUGUCAAUCUGGAAGGUGACAUUAAGGGGCCAAGUGUCGAUAUUAAAGGCCCCAAAGUUGACAUUGAGGGUCCUGAUAUAAAAGGAAGCAAGUCCAAGUUUUCGAUGCCUUCUAUUCACUUGCCCAAGAUACAGGCUCCUGACAUUGAUUUGAAUUUCAGAGGCCCAAAGGGUAAAGGCGACUAUGACAUUGACGUGCCUUCUGGAAAGGUGGAGGGAGAAAUCAAAGGACCGAAAGUAGAUGUUGAUGUGGAUGUGCCAGGUGCUGAUGUUGAAGGGGGCAGUGGAAAGUUCAGCUUCCCAAAAUUUAAAAUGCCCAAAUUCCGAAUUGGUCGAUCAAAAGUGGAAGGUCCAGAUGCUGACAUUCAGGCUAAUCUUCCGGAGGCAGACAUUUCACUCUCUGGUCCACAGAUAGAAGGAGAUGUCCAAAUGCCAGAUAUUGAUGUUGAAGCAGGUGGUAAAAUUAAAGGCCCAAGGUUCAACAUGCCAGGAUUGAAUAUCUCAGCACCCAAGAUAGGAAUGCCCGAUUUUAAUCUGGACCUCAAAGGCCCAGAAGUGGGAGGAGAUGUUGAUGUCCCUGAUGUCAAUCUCAAAGGUGACAUUAAGGGCCCCAAAAUUGACAUUGAGGGUCCUGAUAUAAAAGGAAGCAAGCCCAAGUUUUCGAUGCCUUCCAUUCACUUGCCCAAGAUACAGGCUCCCGACAUUGAUUUGAAUUUUAGAGGCCCAAAGGGUAAAGGCGACUAUGACAUUGACGUGCCUUCUGGAAAGGUGGAGGGAGAAAUCACUACACCUAAAGUAGAUGUUGAUGUGGAUGUGCCAGGGGUUGACGUUGAAGGAGGCAGUGGAAAGUUCAGCAUGCCGAAAUUUAAACUGCCCAGAUUCAACAUGGGUGGCUCUAAGGUGGAAGGGCCAGAUGUGGACAUGGAUGCCAAUCUUCCUGGGGCUGACAUUAAACUAUCUGGACCGAAGGUAGAAGGAGAUGUUGAAAUGCCUGAUGUAGAUGUUGAAGGAGGUGGUAAAAUUAAAGGCCCAAGAUUCAAAAUGCCAGGAUUUAAUAUCUCAGCACCCAAGAUAGGAAUGCCCGAUUUGAAUCUCAAUCUCAAAGGUCCAAAAGUGGGAGGAGAUGUUGAUGUCCCUGAUGUCAAUCUGGAAGGUGACAUUAAGGGCCCAAGUGUCGAUAUUAAAGGCCCCAAAGUUGACAUUGAGGGUCCUGAUAUAAAAGGGAGCCAGUCCAAGUUUUCGAUGCCUUCUAUUCACUUGCCCAAUAUACAGGCUCCUGACAUUGAUUUGAGUUUCAGUGGCCCAAAAGGGAAAGGAGGCUAUGAUAUUGACAUGCCUUCUGGAAAGGUGGAGGGAGAAAUCACUGCACCUAAAGUAGAUGUUGAUGUGGAUGUGCCAGGGGUUGACGUUGAAGGAGGCAGUGGAAAGUUCAGCAUGCCGAAAUUUAAAUUGCCCAAAUUCAACAUGGGUGGGUCUAAGGUGGAAGGGCCAGAUGUGGACAUUGAUGCCAAUCUUCCUGGGGCUGGCAUUAAACUAUCUGGACCGAAGAUAGAAGGAGAUGUUGAAAUGCCUGACGUGGAUGUUGAUGUUGAAGGAGGUGGUAAAAUUAAAGGCCCAAGGUUCAAAAUGCCAGGUUUUAAUAUCUCAGCACCCAAGAUAGGAAUGCCCGAUUUUAAUCUCAAUCUCAAAGGUCCAAAAGUGGGAGGAGAUGUUGAUAUCCCUGAUGUCAAUCUGGAAGGUGACAUUAAGGGCCCAAGUGUCGAUAUUAAAGGCCCCAAAGUUGACAUUGAGGGUCCUGAUAUAAAAGGAAGCAAGUCCAAGUUUUCGAUGCCUUCUAUUCACUUGCCCAAUAUACAGGCUCCUGACAUUGAUUUGAGUUUCAGUGGCCCAAAAGGGAAAGGAGGCUAUGAUAUUGACAUGCCUUCUGGAAAGGUGGAGGGAGAAAUCACUGCACCUAAAGUAGAUGUUGAUGUGGAUGUGCCAGGGGUUGAUGUUGAAGGAGGCAGUGGAAAGUUCAGCAUGCCGAAAUUUAAAUUGCCCAAAUUCAACAUGAGUGGGUCAAAGGUGGAAGGGCCAGAUGUGGACAUUGAUGCCAAUCUUCCUGGGGCUGACAUUAAACUAUCUGGACCGAAGAUAGAAGGAGAUGUUGAAAUGCCUGAUGUAGAUGUAGAUGUUGAAGGAGGGGGUAAAAUUAAAGGCCCAAGAUUCAAAAUGCCAGGUUUUAAUAUCUCAGCGCCCAAGAUAGGAAUGCCCGAUUUUAACCUGGACCUCAAAGGCCCAGAAGUGGGAGGAGAUGUUAAUGUCCCUGAUGUCAAUCUGAAAGGUGACAUUAAGGGCCCCAAAGUUGACAUUGAGGGUCCUGAUAUAAAAGGAAGCAAGCCCAAGUUUUCGAUGCCUUCUAUUCACUUGCCCAAGAUACAGGCUCCCGACAUUGAUUUGAAUUUCAGAGGCCCAAAAGGGAAAGGUGACUAUGAUAUUGAUGUGCCUUCUGGAAUGCCCGAUUGUAAUCUGGAGCUCAAAGGUCCAAGUGUGGGUGGAGAUGUUGAUGUGCCUGAUGUCAAUGUGAAAGGUGACCUUAAGGCCCCGAGUGUCGAUAUUAAAGGCCCGAAAGUUGACAUUGAGGGACCUGAAGUAAAAGGAAGUGGGCACAAGUUUUCAAUGCCUUCCAUACAUUUGCCAAAAAUUCAGACACCAGACGUUGAUUUGAGUUUCAAAAGCCCAAAACUGAAAGGAGACUCUGAUAUUAAUGACCCUUCUGCACAUAUAGAGGGAGGAAUCAAAGGACCUAAGGUUAGUGGGGAUGUACCAGGAGCAGACAUAGAUGGAGGUAGUGGAAAGUUCAGCUUCCCAAAAUUUAAAAUGCCUAAAUUCCUAAUGGGUGGUUCUAAAGUCGGAGGUCCAGAUUUAGACAUAGAUGCUAAUCUUCCUGGGGCUGACGUUAAACUAUCUGGACCCAAGAUAGAAGGAGAUGUUGGAAUACCUGACGUAGAUGUCGAUGUUGAGGGAGCUGGUACAAUGAGGAGCCCAAAGUUUAAAAUACCGGGAUUCAGUAUGUCAGCACCUAAGAUGGGAAAGCCUGAUUUUAAUCUGGAACUCAAAGUUCCAAAAGUGGGAGGAGAUGUUGAUGUCCCUGAUGUCAAUCUGGAAGGUGACAUUAAGGGCCCAAGUGUUGAUAUUAAAGGACCCAAAGUUGACAUUGAGGCUCCUGAUAUAAAAGGAAGUAGGCCCAAGAUUUCAGUGCCUUCCAUACACUUGCCCAAGAUUCAGGGGCCAGACAUUGAUUUCAAUUUGAGGGGUCCAAAACUGAAAGGAGAUUGUGAUAUCGACGUGCCUUCUGGAAAGGUGGAGGGAGAAAUCAAAGGACGUAAAGUAGAUGUUGAAGUGGAUGUGCCAGGGACUGACGUUGAAGGAGGCAGUGGAAAGUUCAGCUUCCCAAAAUUUAAAAUGCCCAAAUUCCGAAUUGGCCGGCCCAAAGUGCAUGGCCCAGAUGUAGACAUUGAUGCCAAUCUUCCUGAGACAGAUGUUAAGUUAUCUGGACCCAAAAUAGAAGGAGAUGUUAAAAUGCCAGAUGUAGAUGUAGAUGUUGGGGGAGCUGGUAAAAUCAAAGGCUCGAAAUUCAAAAUUCCAGGAUUCAGUAUCUCAGCACCCAAGAUAGGAAAGCCUGAUUUUAAUCUAGACCUCCAAGGUCCAAAAGUCGGAGGAGAUCUUGAUGUCCCUGAUGUCAAUCUGGAAGGUGACAUUAAGGGCCCAAAUGUCAAAAUUAAAGGACCCAAAGUUGAUGUUGAGGGACCGGAUGUAAAAGGAAGUGGGGUCAAAAUUUCAAUGCCUUCCUUCCACUUGCCCAAGGUACAGGCGCCCGAGGUUGAUUUGAGUCUGAAGAGCCCCAAACUGAAAGGGGACUAUGAUAUUAAUAUCCCUUCAGGAAAAAUAGAGGGAGAGAUCGAAGCGCCUAAGGUAGAUGUUGAUGUGGAUGUCGCAGGUGCUGACAUUGAAAGAGGCAGUGGAAAGUUCAGCAUGCCGAAAUUUAAAAUGCCCAAAUUCAACAUGGGUGGGUCUAAUGUGGAAGGCCCAGAUCUGGAAAUUGGUGCUAAACUUCCCGAAGGAGAUGUUAAAUUAUCUGGACCUAAGAUAGAAGGAGAUGUUGAAAUGCCAGAUGUAGACAUUGAAGGAAGCGGUAAAAUCAAGGGCCCAAAAUUAAAAAUGCCGGGAUUGAAUAUCUCAGCACCCAAGAUAGGAAUGCCUGAUUUUAAUCUGGACCUCAAAGGACCACAAGUGGGAGGAGAUGUUACUGUCCCCGAUGUCAAUCUGGGAGGUGACAUUAAGGGCCCAAAUAUUGAAAUUGAAGGCCCCAAAGUUGAUGUAAAGGCACCUGAUAUAAAAGCAAGUGGACCCAAGAUUUCAAUGCCUUCAAUCCAUUUGCCAAAGUUUCAGGCACCAGACAUUGAUUUCCAUUUGAAGGGUCCAAAGCUAAAAGGAGACCAUGAUAUCGAUGUGCCUUCUGGAAAGGUGGAGGGAGAAAUCACAGCACCUAAAGUAGAUGUUGAUGUGCCAGGGGUUGACGUUGAAGGAGGCAGUGGAAAGUUCAGCAUGCCGAAAUUUAAAUUGCCCAAAUUCAAAAUGGGUGGGUCAAAGAUGGAAGGGCCAGAUGUGGAUAUUGAUGCCAAUCUUCCUGGGGCUGACAUUAAACUAUCUGGACCGAAAGUAGAAGGAGAUGUUGAAAUGCCUGAUGUAGAUGUUGAUGUUGAAGGAGGUGGUAAAAUUAAAGGCCCAAGAUUCAAAAUGCCAGGUUUUAAUAUCUCAGCACCCAAGAUAGGAAUGCCUGAUUUUAAUCUUGACCUCAAAGGCCCAGAAGUGGGAGGAGAUGUUGAUGUCCCUGAUGUCAAUCUUAAGGGUGACAUUAAGGGCCCUAAAGUUGACAUUGAGGGUCCUGAUAUAAAAGGAAGCAAGUCCAAGUUUUCGAUGCCUUCUAUUCACUUGCCCAAGAUACAGGCUCCUGACAUUGAUUUGAAUUUCAGAGGCCCAAAGGGUAAAGGCGACUAUGACAUUGAUGUGCCUUCUGGAACGGUGGAGGGAGAAAUCACUGCACCUAAAGUAGAUGUUGAUGUGGAUGUGCCAGGGGUUGACGUUGAAGGAGGCAGUGGAAAGUUCAGCAUGCCGAAAUUUAAGUUGCCCAAAUUCAACAUGGGUGGGUCGAAGGUGGAAGGGCCAGAUGUGGACAUUGAUGCCAAUCUUCCUGGGGCUGACAUUAAACUAUCUGGACCAAAGGUAGAAGGAGAUGUUGAACUGCCUGAUGUAGAUGUUGAUGUUGAAGGAGGGGGUAAAAUUAAAGGCCCAAGAUUCAAAAUGCCAGGAUUCAAUAUCUCAGCACCCAAGAUAGGAAUGCCCGAUUUUAAUCUGGACCUCAAAGGUUCUAGAGAAGGAGGAGACGUUGAUAUACCUGAUGUCAAACUGGAAGGUGAAAUUAAGGGCCCCAAAGUUGACAUUGAGGGUCCUGAUGUAAAAGGAAGUGGGCACAAAUUUUCAAUGCCUUCGAUUCAUUUGCCCAAAAUUCAGGCACCAGACAUUGAUUUCCAUUUGAAGGGUCCAAAGCUAAAAGGAGACUCUGACAUUGAUGUGCCUUCUGGACAGCUGGAGGGAGAAAUCAAAGGACCUAAGGUGGACUUUGAUGUGGACGUGCCAGGGGUUGACGUUGAAGGAAGCAGUGGAAAGUUCAGCAUGCCGAAAUUUAAAUUGCCCAAAUUCAACAUGGGUGGGUCGAAGGUGGAAGGGCCAGAUGUGGACAUUGAUGCCAAUCUUCCUGGGGCUGACAUUAAACUAUCUGGACCGAAGGUAGAAGGAGAUGUUGAACUGCCUGAUGUAGAUGUUGAAGGAGGGGGUAAAAUUAAAGGCCCAAGAUUCAAAAUGCCAGGAUUCAAUAUUUCAGCACCCAAGAUAGGAAUGCCCGAUUUUAAUCUGGACCUCAAAGGCCCAGAAGUGGGAGGAGAUGUUGAUGUCCCUGAUGUCAAUCUCAAGGGUGACAUUAAGGGCCCCAAAGUUGACAUUGAGGGACCUGAUGUAAAAGGAAGUGGGCACAAAUUUUCAAUGCCUUCGAUUCAUUUGCCCAAAAUUCAGGCACCAGACAUUGAUUUCCAUUUGAAGGGUCCAAAGCUAAAAGGAGACUCUGAUAUUGAUGUGCCUUCUGGACAGCUGGAGGGAGAAAUCAAAGGACCUAAGGUGGACGCUGAUGUGGACGUGCCAGGGGUUGACAUUGAAGGAGGCAGUGGAAAGUUCAGCAUGCCGAAAUUUAAAUUGCCCAAACUCCACAUAGGUGGGCCUAAAGUGCAAGGCCCAGAUGUGGACAUUGAUGCUGAUCUUCCUGAGGCAGAUGUUAAACUGUCUGGACCUAAGAUAGAAGGAGACGUUAAAAUACCUGAUGUAGAUGUAGAUGUUGAGGGAGCUGGCAAAAUCAAGAGGCCAAAGUUUAAAAUGCCCGGAUUCAGUAUGUCAGCACCCAAGAUGCCUGAUUUUAAUCUGGAACUCAAAGGUCCAAAUAUGGGAGGAGAAAUUAAAGGUCCCCAUGUGGGCAUUGAUGCCAGUCUUCCUGAAGCAAGUGGUAAGCUCUCUGGUCCCAAGGUAGCUGGUGUUGAAACUCCUGGUAUAGAUCUCGAUGCUGAAGGAGCUCCUAAAAUCAAAGGUCCAAAAAUCAAAAUGCCCGGACUUGAUAUCUCAGUACCCAAGAUAGGAAUGCCUGAUUUUAAUUUGGAGCUCAAGGGUCCAACACUGGGAGGCAAUGUAGAUGCCCCUGAUCUUAAUUUGGAGGGUGACCUCAAAGGGCCUGAGUUUGAAAUGAAAGGUCCCAAGGUAGAUAUUGUGGGGAAUGACCUUAACAUUGAGGGACCUGAUUUAAAAGGAAAUGAGCCUGAGUUUUCAGCGCCUUCAUUGGACAUUUCAGCUCCUUCUGCAGACAUGAAUCUUGACUUGAAAGGUCAAAAUUUGAAACACGCUGUUGAUAUUAAAUCUCCAGGUUUUGGUAUUGACAUUAGUGCACCUGAUAUAGAUAUAGGUGGUCAUGGAGCAGAUCUAAAAAUGCCAAAAGUAAAGAAACCAAAAUUUGGAUUUGGAGUUAAAGGACAAGGAGAUAUAAAUACUCCUUCUCUGGAUAUAACCGGUCCUGAUAUAGAUGUUAAUGUUGAUUCUCCAGACGCAAGUCUUAAAACUAAGGGGAAAAAAGGUAAAUUCAAAUUGCCUAAACUCAACAUCAAGUCAAAGAAAUCUGGAGGAGAUAUGAAGGUGACUGUUCCAAAGAGUGACCUAGAUUUAUCCAAGCCAGAUGUAGAUGUUAAAUCCCCAGAUCUAAAUGUAAGCCUUGGAUCAUCUGAUGGACAAUUAAAUGUUAAGUCAUCAAAAGUAAAGAAACCACGAUUUGGAAAAGUCAAGUUAUCAUUUCCAGAUGUUGAAUUUGAUUUGACAUCACCAAAAAUGAAAGGUGAGAUACCUACUGCAAAGGCUGAAGGUGAUUUGCAAGCACCUGAUGUUGAUUUUUCAUCUGAAGAUAUAAAAGGUCCCCAUGUUGACAUUAGAGCACCCGGAAUAGACGUCAAUACAGAUGCAAACCUUCAAGGACCUGGCUUUAAAGUAAAAGGCACCAAGUUAAAAUUUCCUUCAGUAAACAUCACAUCACCCAAAAUGGCUGAAACAGAUGUGGAUAUCAAUUUGAAGGGCACAAACCUAAAAGGUGAAGCAUCAGGAAAUGUAGAAGGCCCAACAAUUGGCAUAAAGAAACCAGAAAUCGAUUUGAUGUUGAUGCUCCAAAUGUUGACAUUGAAAAACCAGAAGGUAAAUUAAAAAUGAAAAUCAAGAAGCCAAAUAUUUCAGGACCAAAUAUAACCUAGAUACAUCAGGAGGUGACUUGAAGGCACCGGGUUUAGGAGCAACUAUUGAGGGCACCUGAUGUGGAUAUAAAUGCUGAUGGUAAAUUCAAAGGACCACAAAUUGGUAUUUCAGCAUCUGAUGUGGGGUUGAUUAAAGAAUCCACAACUCAAAAGCAGUAUCAACCUUCCCGGUCCAAAUAUCAAAGGAAACUUUAAAGGACAUGUGGAUGUGAAAGUUCCUGUUAUCGAUGCGGAUGAUGGAGAUUUUAACAUUAAAGGUGCAGAUGGAAAAGUAAAGAUGCCUCAGAUCAACAUUCCAAAAGCUGGUAUUAACAUUGCAGGAUCUGGAGUUUCUGCACCUGAUUUAUCUGGACCAAAGAUGGACAUUGACAUAAAAAGCCCUAAAAUAAACAUUGAAGGGCCAAGUAUGAAACUGAAUGGAGCGGACAUCAAUAUUGAUGGUCUGAAACAAAAAGGUCCCAGUGUUAAUUUAGCUGCACCAAAAACCAAUAUUGAAUUUUCUGGUGCAAAGGUUGAAGGAGGUGUGAAGACAAAUGCACCAGAUUUCAGUCUAGGUAGUCUAAGUGCUGAUGUACCAAAUUCUGAAGUGAAGAUCCCUUCACCUAAUGUGAAACUUGAUGUAAAAGGCCCUACAAUAAAAGGAGGCAUUGGAAUGUCUGGUUUAAAAGGCGAUCUGAAAGAUCCAGAAUUUGAUGCCAAGGCAUCUGAAGUAAGUGCAGGUGACAGAGCAGAAAAAAUCGAAUUAGAUGUUGCAUUGGACAAAAUGAAAAUACCUAAAUUUAAGCAUUCUCAAUUUAAAAUAAAAAGCCCAAAUUUAGAAGAGACAGAAAUGGCAGCAGAUGCCAGAAUUCCUGAAAUUCAGCUACAUGCUUCAGCUGCACAAGGUCCAGGUGUCAAUAUUAAAGGACCACAGGCUAGUUUAAACCUGCCGGAAGGAGAGGUGGAAAGCUCAGGGGUCAAAAUAAAAAAGGGUAGAAUUAAAAUGCCCAAAUUUAAUUUCUCCAAGUCUAAAGGGAAGAGUAGUUUUGAAGGAUUGGAAGGGGAUUUCAGCGCAUCUGGACCAAAGACUGAUAUUAAGGGCUCCAAAGGAAGCCUGGGUUUUGGUGACAUUGAGGUGGAGACAUCAGAGAUGUCAAUAGCUGGGAAAGAUUCUAGUUUGGACAUUAACACCUCCCCAAAAGGGAAGUCAGGAACAUUAGAUUUCUCUUUAUUUAAAGGCAAAAAGUCAGAACGUCACAGAUCAUCGUCUCUGAGUGAUGAGCAAGAACUUUCACCUUCUUCACCCAAGGGCAGAUUAGAAUUUGGAGAAGGGGUUGCAGGUGCAAAAGGCAAAAAGUCUAAGUUGAAAUUUGGAACAUUUGGAGGCUUUGGGGCUAAAUCAAAGGGCUCCUACGAGGUCACUCUCAAUGAAGGUGAAGCAGCAGUAGAGGGCAGUGGAAUCUCUCUAGUUUCCAAAAAAUCCCGUAUAUCCUCCACUUCUAGCAGUGAUAGCGGAUCUAAAGCAGGAUUGCGCCUUCCUAAAGUAGAACUAAAUAUCAACAAAAACAAAGAAUAACUAUGUAAAUAUACCUGAGUUACUGUAAAUAGAAAUUAACUGCAUUACUUUUUACUGAUAAGCCAAGGCAUGGAGAUCCAUUAGACUUCAUCUCUAUCUCAUUUGCAGGUCAAAAAUAGGAUGGAAUAUUUAAAGUGUUGAGUUUCUUUUCCUUUAAUGCGAGGGAUAGAACCCUAAGUCAGACUUGACCUGCGGAUAUUUCAGUACACUUCUGUAUCAGCUAAAAAUCAAACUAAAGUUCUAUUACUGAGCUGAGAGCAAUAGCUUACUAGCAGGAAAAAAUAAAACCUAUUUUGAUACAUUUUCUAUGUAGCAGUUUAUUAUUUUCAUAUAUUGGCAAAAUGGAGGUGUUAAGACAUUUAAUCACUGGUGCUCUCUCUGGCUUACUUUAUACAAUGGAGUUGCAGCUAAUGUAUGAGAGGUUUUACUGAAGUUUGAUUUCUUAAGAAAACAUACAGAGGAAGUGGUAGAGGAAGAGUUUAAGCUGUUUUUAGACAAAUACAUGAUACCCUACCCACACAAGGUGAAAUCUGGCAAAAUAAACUCAAUUUAUCGUGUCAUAAAUGAUUAUCAGAAUUCAGUAACAAUCAGUUUGGCCUGUAUCUUUUCUCUGUUAGUAGGAGAUGCAAUAAACAAACAAAAUUCUGUUCUGGGAGGCUUAAAUUCUUCAACUUUGUAAAUGUGUAAGUGUGGUCUGUGGAACUGGUUAGGGCGUAUUUCUACUGUGAAUUAGUACAUUAUCACCACCACCAUCGCUUCCCUAACCCACGCCACUCAUUUGUGGUGAUGAUGCUGCUGCUGUUGUAAUAAUCUUUUAUUCCCAUGUCCUUCUUCCACAAGAGUGAAUGAAAUUAGAAAACUACUCACUACUUAACAAUACGCAAAAUCAUAUAUCCAGUUUGGCUGCAUGUUAAAUUUCCCAUCUCCUCCCAGUCUUCUCAAAGCCACUCUACCUUCUAUCCCUAUAAUCCAGUGUGGCUCAGCUGAGAAGUGCACUGCCUCAUGUGAAACACAGCCUUGUGGAUGUUCAAGAUCUUAGAUUGGAUUGACCAGUCUGAGCCAAAUUAGCUGAUCAUGUAGGUGUGCUGAUGCAGGAGUCUGGAAUGUUCAAUUUCCUUGCAUUGUGAAGCACAAUAUGAGAGCAUAUCUUCCCUGCAUGCAUAAUGAAGUCUCACAGUAAAGCAACGCCUUGCUGAGUUCACAGAAAGCACCUAUUAUCCUUGUAACAUAAUAAGCAAUUUUCUUUUGUUAUGAAUGGCGAGAAUUGUGACUUUGCCAGAUUUUUUUCUUAUCAUUUCAUUGUUUCACUCAAAAAUGUUAAUAGAACUCUUCAUAAUUCUGUCUGCACUCUUGCGGCAAACAGUAGACGACGGGAAUGUAAGACAAGCGCGUACCUUGUAAAAAUCAAAUAAAUCGUUCAUUACCCUGAAA